CGCAGAGUGUGUGCGCCGCGAGCUCGGGGCGGACCUGAGCAGCGCCCUCUGAGGCGGCCUUACCUUUCUCCUGCGCCCGGGGCCGGUGAGGGAUGGAGCGUGUGCGCGGCCGAGCCGCUUCCCGCGGCUCCUCCUCCGCAGACCCACGCGGCACCUUCGUGCUGAGUAACCUGGCGGAGGUGGUGGAGCGCGUCCUCGCCUUCCUGCCCGCCAAAGCACUGCUGCGGGUGGCCAGCGUGUGCCGCCUGUGGAGGGAGUGCGCGCGCAGAGUGCUGCGGACCCAGCGGCAGGUGACCUGGAUCUCCGCGGGCCUGGCGGGCGCCGGCCACCUGGAGGAGCACUGCCUGCUCCGCGUGGGGGCCCAGGAGAUCGAGAAUGUUCACAUCUUACCAUCGACAGUUCUUUACAUGGCUGAUUCAGAAACUUUCAUUAAUCUGGAAGAGUGUCGUGGUCACAAGAGAGCCAGGAAAAGAAUGACCAUGGAAACAGCAUCUGCCAUUGAGAAGCUAUUCCCAAAACAAUGCGACAUCCUUGGACUUGUGACCCCAGGAAUUGUAGUGACUCCAAUGGGAUCUACUAGUAAUCGACCUCAGGAAAUAGAACUAGGAGAAUCUGGCUUUGCUCUGUUAUUUCCCCAAAUGGAAGGGAUAAAAAUCCAACCUUUUCAUUUUUCUAACUAUCCAAAGGACAUGCCAUUAGAACUACAUCAAUUCACAGAAGUAGGCCUCUUAGAGAACCCUGAUCUCCGUGUGGUCCUUGUAUUUGGCUAUAACUGCUGCAGGACGGGAGCCAGCAAUUACCUGGAGCGGGUAGUCAGCUUGUUCAGUGACAUGAACGUCAUCUUGGCCGGAGGCCAGGUGGAUAACCUGGUGUCACUGACCUCUGGAAGUAAGCCCAUGCAUAUUGAUGCCACUGGUGUGGUUGGACUGACAUUUAGUGGGCAGCGAAUCCAGAGUGCCACCGUGCUUCUCACCGAGGAUGUGAAUGAUGAGAAGUCCGUCGAGGCUGCCAUGCAGCGCCUCAAAGCAGCCAACAUUCCAGAACAGAACACCAUUGGCUUCAUGUUUGCCUGUGUCGGCAGGGGCUUUCAGUAUUACAGAGCCAAGGGGAAUGUUGAAGCUGAUGCGUUUAGAAAGCUUUUCCCUAACGUUCCUUUAUUUGGCUUCUUUGGAAAUGGAGAAAUUGGAUGUGACCGAAUAGUCACUGAGAACUUUACCCUGAAGAGAUGCAGUGAAGUGGAAGAUGUGGAUCUGUUUCACAGCUACACAACAGUGAUGGCACUCAUCCACCUUGGGGCGUCUAAGUGAGCCCGACAGUGGCUUUCACAGUAUAUGCUUUUAGGCUCUGUCUUUUUAAGAAAAUGGAAACUUGGAAUAUGUGUAUUUUAAACAAAAAAUAACUUUCUAUGUCUGUUUUGUAGUUUUGAUCUUGUAAAGAUUCGCGUUGGUUCCUAUUUAAUAUAUUAGAUGAAGGACAACUUUGUACAAAACGUAACGCAGAUCCAAAGCUGAGAGCUUUUGCAUACUAGCCAGGUGCCUGAUCAUGGCUUUAUCACACCAGAGGAGGUAGCUGCUGUGUCAGGGGACUGAGUGCCAGUAAGUCCUCUGCACAGGAAGAUCUGAUGGGGACUUGACAAUCCGUGACUACCUCUGCAUUGUUAGAUGAGCUUUUAGCAGAAUCAUGACUUUUUUUUAACCUGAGCACUGCUCAGCUCUGGCUUGUGGUGCAGUGGAGGAACUUCGGAGCGUCCUUUUUUUUGGCCUCUUAAGGUUAUUGUUGGGGCUCGGUGCCUGCACUAUGAAUCUACUGCUCCUGGUGGCCUUUUUUUUUUUUCCCCCAUUUUAAUGGAUAGGAUUGAGAGGAGAGAAAAAUAGACACCUGCCUCACUACUUGUGAAAUUACCCUCCUGCAGGUGGGAAACCGAGAACUUGAAUUAGGAUCCUUGCGCGGUCCUUGGGCUUCGUACUAUGUACGCUUAAUCCAGUGUGCCACCGCUCAGCCCCUUUUUUCUUAAUAGAGGAAACACAUGGCUUGCUCUUUCUCUGCGUCUAGACUUUUGCCAUUUUUUUUUUUCCCCCAGAAACCAUAACCAUUAUUACUGAUUUUUACUUGGUAAAAACUAAAGAAUUAUUUUUAUUUUAGUACUGUAAAGUUGCUUGGUCAAGUAAACUACUGUGACUAAUCAUA